AUAUUAUGAUAAGAUUAUAAUUUAAAUUUACUCAUAUACAACUAAUAUGCCUGAAACCGAGGAAGAAAAGCAAAAGAGAUGGGCGAAAAGCCGGGCAAUGGCUUACAUGACACCAGCUAUGGUGCAUGCCAUGGAGAUGUCAAAGUACCAGAGCCAGAAUAAGUACAAAGAGCAGUUCAAUAGAACAAAAGGCAAAGGUUAUACUGCAGUAUCGAGCACGCCAGAACUGGAACACGUCAAAAAACAAUCUAUCCGGCUCAGUCAAUCUAAGUAUAAAUCAGAGUUCGAGAAGAAUAAAUCAAAAUUCACAUCCGUAGCUGAUGAUCCUGAAACACUGCGAAUAAAAAAGGUCACAAAUCAAGUGAGUAAAGUUGCUUAUUCAGGACGAGGAACAGCAAUGGCGGAAAGUAAAAGAAGGGGGAGGCCCGCUGGUAAACAAGAAGAAGCCCCGACUAAACCCGACCCUGAACCUGUAGCGGAAGAAGUUCAGGAACCAAGCAAUGGGAUAUCCCACGAAGAAGAAAAAGACAACGACGCAGAAGACACCAAAGAAAAUGGCGAUUCUCACUCAUACGAACAAGAACACGAUUCGUAUUCCAAUGGACAAGACCACAAAGAGGCGGAGGAAGAGGUUCAAAAUGAAACGUCAGGUGAACAAGAACACGAGUAUUCACCAACAGAAAAUGGAACAAACGUCCAUCCCGAGGAAGUGGUAGAAGAAGAACAACAUGGUGAACAACAAGAAUAUGGGUAUGAAAACACGGAGACUCAAGAAAAUACAGGACAAGAAUACGUGGAAGGGGAAGACGAUGCUGAAUUUAAAUCCUAUGACGAGGAAGGAGGAAAUCUGGACGACUUUUACGCUAACCUUGGAUGAAAUGCGACCUUGGUUUUCGCUAAUAGUUUACUUUAAAUGCCUCCGUUCCUGAAAUUCUAUUUGAGCGCUAGACUUAAAUUUA